UAAAUGUUGUUUCUUUUGCUCAAAUAGCGUUAAAAAAAGAUUAUUUUUCAGGCUCGUCUCAGAACGCUUCUGUAGCAACCGGAACUUCUAAUGGCAGCUGCAGGGCCGUGAUGGCUUUACCGAUUAGUGAUUGGCUCUUUUAUUCAGAAGGCGGGGCUUCCUUCGAUAAAGUGGCCAUAUUGAGCUUUGCAUUUUUUCCCAUUCAAAACUAUACCAGUGACAUGCCUUGGGUAUUCUAGUCUUUGCCAUAACCCUAUUGCUAAACAUAACUCCACCCAUUAUGUCCACAGAGGUGAAGCUGGACUAGGUCAAGCUCCACCCAUUACGUCCAAAGUGGGGGGAUGGGUGUAAUUUGGUUCUGCAGUGAGCACUACUUGGCAUUUCAUGCUUUUCUGUCUUACCUGAAUAUCUGGACAAAGGAAUCAGCGUUCAGUGCAAAACAAAGACAAACUCUUUCAAAGCUAAUUUUUUGAGAAAUUUGCUUCUGAACAGACAGCAGAUCUUUGUGAUUUUAGUGUGGUGAUUCAUUUUUAAACCAUCAUUCAGAAAGUGAAAGUAAAGUGUAGACUGCUGGAGUUCAAACAGUGAAAAUGGAUUCACCAGAUGAAUAUGAUAUUAUUCGUCUCCUGUGCUGCCAAAUCAAAAUGGAUCCAGUUGUUCUGUCAUGUAGUCACAGUUUUUGUAGAGUGUGCCUUCAACAGUUCUGGAGAACCAAGGAAACUCAGGAGUGCCCUGUCUGCGGGAGAAGAUCCUCAAGCGAUGAUCCCAUUUGUGAGCAGCUCUGCAGUUUACACCAAGAGAAACUCGAUUUCUUCUGUCUGGAGGACAAACAGCCGGUGUGUUUAGUGUGCAGAGAUUCACAGAAACACAUCAAUCACACAUUCAAACCCAUCAGUGAAGCCGUUUCAUCAUAUAAGGAGGAGCUCAUUACAGCACUGAAACCAUUGCGACAGAAGCUUAAAUGUUGUGAAUACAUUCAAGGAAAAUGUGUACAUACAGUUAAGCACAUCAAGUCUCAAGCUGAUCACACAGAGCGUCAGAUUAAACAGCAGUUUGAGAAGCUUCAUCAGUUUCUCAGAGAUGAAGAAGAAGCUACAAUCACUGCACUGAGGGAGGAAGAGGAGCAGAAGAAACAGAUGAUUGAGAAGCUGAACAGAGACAUCUCAGCUCUUUCACACACAAUCAAAUACAUGGAGGAGAUGAUGAAAGCCAGUGACGUCUACUUUCUGAAGGAGUUUCCAGUCUCAAUGGAAAGAGUCCAGAUCUCAUCACAGCCGGAUCCACAAACUUUGAUUGAUGUGCCGCGUUACUUGGCAACCUGCCCUUCAGAGUCUGGAAGAAGAUGCAGGACAUCAUCCAGAACACUCCUGUGAUUCUGGAUCCAAACACGGCUCAUCCAGAUCUCAUCCUGUCUGAUGAUCUGACCAGUGUGGGAUACAGAAUACA